UCCUUCCUCUGCCGCUUCAUAGGGACUCAAAAAAAAAAGGGAAAAAAAAGAAAAAAGAAAAAAAAAAAGAUGUUUGGCAGCGGAGGACGCGUGAGCGCACCAGCACAGAUCCUCACACUUGAUGCCCCUCUCAGCAGAGAUGGUUGAGCCCUGGUCCAGGUUGCUGUGGUCCUCUCCUAAAAUUCAGUCUCGCUCACUCCUCUCCCAUCAGCUGACAUAGCGCGGCGGGCGGCUCUGCCUGGUUCUCCUCUGAGAAAAAGGGGAGAAAAAGGGAACCCACUUCAACCCAACAGAGAGAGAGAGAGAGGGAACAAAAAAAAUAAAAAAUAAAUAGGCUGUAGGUUACAUGUCUGAGUUGUGAAACAUGAAGGGGAUUUACAGAGACGGAUACUACGACGGAUCUAUUGAACUACGGGACGUUUUCAACAGGAGAUGCGUUAAAUGUGGCCGAGGGGACUUUGUUCAAGCCAAAACGAUGCGGAUUAGGACGGGAAUUGUUUUUUGGAAUCUCAUCUUUUCACUGAUGUUCACUUGUGUGAAAGGUUUUAUCCACACUUGCGGAGGCACUUUAAAAGGGAGGAAUGGGACGAUAGAAAGCCCCGGGUUUCCAUAUGGAUAUCCAAAUGGAGCGAACUGUACCUGGGUGAUUGUUGCCGAGGAGGGGAACAGAAUUCAUAUAGUUUUUCAAUCUUUCGCUGUGGAGGAGGAAUAUGACUUUUUAUCUUUGUAUGACGGGCACCCACACCCGGCCAACUUCAGGACGAGGUUAACAGGAUUUACCAUCCCUCCACCUGUUACCAGCUCUGGCUCCAUUUUUUCACUGAGGCUUACCAGUGACUUUGCAGUAAGCGCUCAUGGAUUUAAGGUAGCUUAUGAAGAGCUGAGAAGCAGUGCGUGUGGAAACCCAGGGAUUCCACCCAAAGGCAUACUGAAUGGAACCCAGUUCAACAUAGGUGAUAAAAUCCGCUACCGGUGUGUCACUGGCUAUGUUCUGGAUGGACAUUCACUCCUCACAUGUGUGACCAACGCAGCUGGUGUGUCAGUGUGGGACUUCCCUGUGCCAAUCUGUAGAGCGGAGGACACGUGCGGUGGCACCCUGAGGGGCUCCAGCGGACUUAUCUCCAGCUUCGAUUUUCCCACCGGUGACUCCCCUGGUGCUGGCGGAGGUGGAGGUGCUGGAGGCCUGGGCAGCAGUGGGGAGUGUAAGUGGACCAUCCUGGCAGAUCCCGGGGACACAAUCUCCCUGGUUUUCACUGAGUUUCAGAUGGAGGAGAAGUCGGAUUAUCUGGAAGUCGAGGGUUCUGAACCGCCAACCAUAUGGUUAACUGGAAUGAAUAUUCCAGCACCCAUCAUCAGCAACAAAAACUGGCUUCGCCUGCAUUUUGUGACAGAGAGCAACCACCGCCACAAAGGCUUCAGGGCACAGUAUCAAGUGAAAAGCUCUGGAGAGCUUAAAUCCAGAGGGGUAAAAUUAUUACCAGGAAAGGACAACACUAACAAACUGUCUUUGAUGAAUGAAGGAGGAAUCAAACAGGUGUCUAAUUACUGCCCUGACCCAGGGGAGCCAGAGAAUGGCAAACGGUUCGGCUCUGACUUCAGCAUCGGAGCAACUUCUCAAUUUACCUGUGAUGAAGACCAUGUGCUGCAGGGUUCCAAAACGAUUACCUGCCAGCGCGUAGCCGAAGUCUUCGCUGCUUGGAGCGACCACAGACCCGUCUGCAAGGUGAAAACGUGUGGGUCAAAUCUACAGGGACCCUCUGGGACUUUUACCUCUCCUAACUUCCCCAUCCAGUAUGAGAGUAACUCCCAAUGUGUGUGGAUCAUCACGGCCAGCGAUCCAAACAAGGUUAUUCAGAUCAACUUUGAAGAGUUCGACCUUGAAAUUGGGUAUGAUUCACUAACAAUUGGAGAUGGAGGGGAAGUAGGUGAUUCGAAAACAAUAAUACAAGUGUUGACCGGGAGCUUUGUCCCAGACUUGAUUGUCAGCAUGUCCUAUCAGAUGUGGCUUCACCUACAGUCCGAUGAGAGCGUGGGCUCAAUUGGCUUCAAGAUCAACUACAAAGAAAUUGACAAAGAGAGUUGUGGUGACCCUGGUACACCCCUGUACGGUUACCAAGAGGGUAGUGGCUUUCUAAAUGGAGACGUUCUGCGCUUUGAAUGCCAGUUUGGAUUUGAGCUCAUCGGGGAGCGGAUGAUAACCUGCCAGAACAACAAUCAGUGGUCGGCUAAUAUUCCCAUCUGCAUAUUCCCCUGCUUUUCCAACUUCACGGCUCCGAUGGGGACGGUAUUGUCUCCUGACUACCCAGAGGGCUAUGGAAACAACCUCAACUGUGUGUGGCUGAUUAUCUCUGAGCCCGGCACCAGAAUCCACCUGGCCUUCAAUGAUUUUGACCUGGAGCCUCCCUAUGACUUCCUCACUAUUAAAGAUGGCGACCAGUCAGGAGCCACAAUACUAGGGCGCUUCUCAGGGGCCGAAGUCCCUUCCCACCUCACAUCCAACAGCAACGUUCUGCAGCUGGAGUUCCAAGCUGAUCACUCAAUGUCUGGACGAGGAUUCAACAUCACCUACAGCACUUUUGGCCGUAAUGAGUGCCCUGACCCUGGCAUACCGUUAAAUGCCAGGCGCUUUGGGGACAGUUUCCAGCUGGGGAGCUCCAUCUCUGUAGUUUGUGAGGAGGGCUUCAUCAAGACACAGGGGGCUGAUACCAUCACAUGCCAUCUCGAGGAAGGCAAGGUGAUGUGGAGUGGACUCAUACCCAAAUGUGAAGCUCCUUGUGGGGGCCACUACUCAGGGCCGUCUGGUGUCAUCCUCUCCCCGGGGUGGCCAGGCUACUACAAAGACUCCCUGAGUUGUGAGUGGGUCAUUGAGGCCGAGCUGGGAAGCUCCAUCAAGAUCAGCUUUGACAGGUUUCAAACUGAGCUCAGUUAUGACUUCCUGGAAGUGCACGACGGACCCAACCUACUCUCUCCACUGAUUGGCUCGUUUAAUGGAACCCAGGUCCCUCAGUUCCUGUUUAGUAGCAGCAACUUUCUGUACUUGCUUUUCACCACAGAUAACAGUCGAUCAAACAGUGGCUUCAAGAUAUUCUACGAAGUGGUCACUUUGGACACAUACUCCUGUAUGGAUCCUGGUAUCCCAGUGAAUGGCAUACGCUUAAGCCACGACCUGUCUAUUGGCUCCACGGUGUCCUUUCAGUGUGACCCAGGAUACAGACUGAGCCACGAGGAACCACUGGUUUGUGAGAAGAACCACUUCUGGAGCCACCCACUGCCCACAUGUGAUGCAUCAUGUGGUGGGGAUAUCAGGGGACCUGGAGGGAUCAUCUUAUCACCCGGAUACCCGGAGCUGUACUCUAACUCUCUAAACUGUACUUGGACUGUGGAAGUCAGCCAUGGAAAAGGUGUCCAAUUCACUUUCCAUUCCUUCCACCUGGAGGAUCACCAUGACUACCUUCUGAUAACAGAAAAUGGCAGCUUUGCCCAGCCACUGGCUCGACUCACAGGCUCAGAGAGGCCUGCUCCGGUUAACGCUGGCCUGUAUGGGAACUUCAAGGCCCAGCUACGCUUCAUUUCUGACUUCUCCAUAUCGCUGCAGGGAUUCAACAUCUCCUUCUCGGAGUAUGAUCUGGAACCCUGUCAGGACCCUGGAACCCCUCGGUUUGGCUGGCACACUGGCUCUAGAUUUGGGAUUGGUGACUCAUUGGCUUUUUACUGCAACACGGGCUAUCGUCUACAGGGGGCGAAGGAGAUCGUGUGCUUGGGAGGUGGCCGCCGCAUGUGGAGUGCCCCUCUGCCAAGGUGUGUGGCGGAGUGUGGAUCCACGGUCUCCAACAAUGAAGGAGUUCUUUUAUCACCAAACUACCCAAUGAACUAUGACAACAGCCAUGAAUGUGUGUACAGCAUUCAGGUCCAAACAGGAAAAGGCAUCAACAUGACAGCCAGCACCUUUCAACUUGCACAAGGUGACAUCCUCAAGGUGUAUGACGGUAAAGAUGGUGCAUCCCCACUCCUUGGCACAUACACAGGCACGUUGAUGCAAGGUCUGUCCCUCACCAGCACCUCCAACUAUCUGUGGCUUGAGUUUUACUCUGACCAGGAGGCAACGGGAGCAGGGUUCCGGCUCAUAUACCACAGUUUUGAACUCUCCCACUGUGAUGAUCCCGGUGUGCCGCAGUUCGGCUUUAAAGUCAGUGACCAGGGUCACUUUGCUGGAAGUGCCAUCACGUUUGGCUGCGACCAAGGUUACACCCUGCACGGCAGUGGCAUACUCAAGUGCAUGACUGGGGAGAGAAGAGCAUGGGACAACAACCUGCCAUCAUGUAUAGCGGAGUGUGGUGGCAAUUUUAAGGGUGAGUCUACAGGGCGUAUCCUCUCUCCUGGGUAUCCCUUCCCCUAUGACAACAACCUGAGGUGCACCUGGACGAUUGAGGUCAGCUCCGGCAACAUUGUCAGUCUCCAGUUCCUUGCAUUUGAUACAGAGGCAUCCCACGACAUCCUGAAGGUGUGGGACGGGCCUCCCGAGAACGAGAUGUCUCUGAAGGAGGUUAGCGGCUCACUGCUGCCUGAGGGGAUCCACUCCACUCUCAAUGUUGUCACCAUUCAGUUUGAGACUGACUUUUAUAUCACCAAGUCUGGCUUUGCCAUUGACUUCUCCAGUUCGCUUGCAACAGCGUGCAGAGAUCCAGGUAUUCCUAUGAAUGGCAGUCGCAACGGGGAAGGGCGGGAGCCUGGCGACUCAGUGACCUUCUCUUGUGAUCCGGGAUAUGAAUUGCAAGGGGAGAGCAGAAUCACUUGCAUCCAAGUGGAAAAUAGAUACUACUGGCAACCCAGCCCGCCAAGCUGCAUUGCUCCUUGUGGUGGGAAUGUGACUGGCUCUUCGGGAUUCAUCCUGUCUCCAAACUACCCACACCCCUAUCCACACAGCAAAGACUGUGACUGGCUUAUUACUGUCCACUCUGACUAUGUAAUUUCCUUGGCUUUUAUCAGCUUCAGUAUUGAGCCCAACUAUGAUUUCCUGUAUAUCUAUGAUGGGCCAGACAGCAGCGCUCAUCUGAUUGGCAGUUUUCAAGACAGUAAACUUCCUGAGAAGAUUGAGAGCACUUCCAACUUUAUGUAUUUGGCAUUUCGCAGUGAUGGCUCUGUGAGCUACACCGGCUUUCAUUUGGAAUAUAAAGCAAAACUGCGGGAAGCGUGUUUUGAUCCAGGGAAUAUGAUGAAUGGCACUAGAAUGGGUACUGACUACAAGCUGGGUUCUAUGGUGACAUUUCAUUGUGAGGCUGGCUACCUGCUUCAGGGCUACUCCACUCUGACAUGUGUCAUGGGCAACAGCAAGAGACCAGAGUGGGACAGAGCCAAACCAAGAUGCCAAGCCCCAUGUGGAGGUCACUUCACAGGUUCAGAGGGAACUGUGCUGUCCCCAAACUACCCACAUAAUUACACCAGAGGCCAGACCUGUGUCUAUGACAUCUUUGUCCCUGGAGACUUUGUUCUCUUUGGCCAAUUUGUGGUAUUCCAGACUUUGACCAGUGAUGUGGUCGAGAUAUAUGAUGGAUCCUCCACAGAUUCAGCACUCCUCUCUUCCAUAUAUGGAUCACACUCAGGUGAGACACUCCCUUUGAGUUCCGGAAACAAGAUAACUCUCAAGUUCACCACAAACGGAACAGGAACAGCCAAAGGAUUUCAUUUUGUUUACCAAGCUGUCCCCCGGACAAGUGCCAUUCAGUGUAGCUCAGUCCCUGAGCCCCGGUUUGGGAAGCGGAUAGGGAACGACUUUGGCAUCGGCAUGGCGGUACUGUUUGAAUGCAAUCCAGGCUACACGUUGCAUGGCUCCAACGCCAUCAGGUGUGAGGCCGUGCCCAGUGCCCUGGCGCAGUGGAACGGCACUGUGCCCACAUGUGUUGUUCCCUGUGGUGGUGUGUUAACUGGCCGCAGAGGCACGAUCCUCUCUCCCGGAUACCCAGAGCCAUACGCCAACUAUUUGAACUGCGCCUGGAAAAUCUCAGUUCCUGAGGGAGCUGGCAUCCAAAUUCAAGUUGUGACCUUUGCCACAGAACACAACUGGGACUCGCUAGAUUUUUUUGACGGGGUUGACGGCAAUGCUCCAAGGCUUGGUAGCUACUCAGGGACAACAAUCCCACAACUGUUGAACAGCACGUCCAACAACCUGUACUUGACCUUCCAGUCUGACAUCAGUGUUUCCGCUGCUGGCUUCCACUUGGAGUAUACAGCAAUAGGUUUGGAUUCGUGCCCAGAGCCGUUGUCUCCCAGUAACGGACAAAAAGUGGGUGACCGCUACACUGUGGGUGAUAUGGUGUCCUUCCAGUGCGAUCAAGGUUUCUCGCUACAGGGUAAUGCAUAUAUUACCUGCAUGCCUGGUCCCGUCAGAAGGUGGAAUUACCCCGUACCUCUUUGUUUAGCUCAGUGUGGCGGCUCUAUGACAGACUUCAGUGGCGUCAUCCUCAGCCCAGGCUUUCCAGGGAAUUACCAGAGCAGCCUGGACUGCAGCUGGAGAGUUCAACUCCCGAUUGGCUUUGGCAUCCACCUGCAGUUUCUGAACUUCUCCACAGAGCCUGUUCAUGACUAUCUGGAGGUGCGCAGUGGGAGCCUGGAGACAGGAACAGUGAUUGAUCGCUUCAGUGGCCCUGUGGUGCCAAACUCUCUCUUCAGUACCACACAUGAGACCACUCUGUUCUUCCACAGCGACUACUCCCAGAACAAGCCUGGCUUCCAUAUCGUCUACCAGGCAUAUGAACUACAGAGGUGUCCGGAUCCACGACCGUUUCGUAACGGCAUUGUGAUUGGUCUGGACUACAGUGUUGGCAUGACCAUUUCCUUUGAGUGCCUUCUGGGUUACACUCUGCUUGGAGAGCCAUCACUUACAUGUCUGCAUGGAGUCAGCAGAAACUGGAAUCACCCUAUACCUCGCUGUGAAGCUCUCUGUGGUGGGAAUAUAACAUCCAUGAAUGGCACAAUUUACUCUCCUGGACACCCAGCCGAGUAUCCACACUUUCAGGACUGCAUGUGGACUGUCAGAGUACCUCCUGGUUAUGGCAUCUAUAUCAAUUUCUCUGUUAUCAAUACAGAGCCAAUCUACGACUACAUCACUGUGUGGGAUGGACCUGACCAGGGCUCGCCUCAAAUCGGUCAGUUCAGUGGUAGCUCUGUGCAGGAGGGCGUGUCCACCACCGCCAAUCAGAUCCUCAUCAAAUUCCACAGCGACUUCAGCACCAGUGGCUUCUUUGUGCUGCAUUAUUACGCAUACCAGCUGAGAACAUGUCAGCCACCCCCUCCCGUCGCCAAUGCCACCAUCCUAACCGAUGAUGACGAGUUUGAAAUAGGGGACAUUAUUCGAUACUCGUGCCUGCCUGGCUUCACCUUGGUGGGCAGUGAGAUUCUGACCUGUCGACUAGGAGAACGACUGCAGAUGGAUGGACCCCCACCAGUCUGUCAAGUCCAAUGUCCGGCCCAUGAGGUGCGUUUUGAUUCAACAGGGGUGAUUUUAAGCCCGGGCUACCCUGAAAAUUACCCCAAUCUCCAGAUGUGCUCUUGGCUGAUCAACGUGGAGAAGGGUUACAACAUCACCCUGAACUUUGAACUCUUCCAAACAGAAAAGGAGUUUGACAUCUUGGAAAUAUUUGAUGGUCCCAACAUCUACAGCCAGAGCAUGGCAUCACUCAGCGGUGACAUUGAAACACCCUUCAGCCUGACCACCACGGGCCACCAGCUCCUACUGCGCUGGUCCUCUGACCAUGGAACCAACCGACGCGGCUUCCACAUCAGAUACGUGGGUGAGUAUCAAACAAUGUACUGCAGUACCCCAGACUCCCCACAACACGGCUUUGUAGUGAGCCAGACAGGGGGUCAUCUUAACAGCAUGGUGCGCUGGGCCUGCGACAGGGGGUACAAGCUGAUCGGAAAGGGCACAGCUGUGUGCAAGAAGACCACCUAUGGCUUCUACGCCUGGGAUGCGCCAGUUCCCGCAUGUCAAGCUGUGUCAUGCGGUGUGCCCAGCGCGCCAGUGAACGGAGGUGUGCUUGCUGCUGAUUACUCCGUCGGCACACGGGUGACCUACUUCUGCAACAGCGGCUACCGGCUCUCCUCCAAAGAGCUGACGACCACAGUCUGCCAGCCAGACGGCACCUGGAGCAACCACAACAAGAUACCCCGAUGCAUCGUCAUUAUGUGCCCUAGUCUCAGCUCAUUCUCUUUGGACCACGGCAAAUGGAGGAUUGUCAAUGGUUCGCACUACGAGUAUGGAACUAAAAUAAUAUUUACUUGCAACCCUGGAUACUACCGGGUUGGCCCCGCCCAUAUCCAAUGCCUGGCCAAUGGGGUCUGGAGCUGGAGGAGUGAGAGGCCUCGAUGUAGAAUCAUUUCCUGUAGCGAUCUUCCCGCUCCUCCUAAUGGGAAGAAAAUUGGGACCCAAACUACCUUUGGAGCAUCAGCCAUUUUCAGCUGUAACCUUGGCUAUGUUUUGAGCGGAUCUACAGUCAGAGAAUGUCUCCUGUCCGGCCUUUGGAGUGGGACUGAGACUCACUGCCUCGCUGGUCACUGUGGUGUUCCAGAGCAGAUAGUCAAUGGGCAGGUGAUAGGAGAAAACUUUGGCUACAGAGACACAGUGGUUUACCAGUGCAAUCCUGGAUUCAGGCUCAUUGGCUCCUCGGUACGGAUCUGCCAGCAGGACCACAACUGGUCUGGACUCCUCCCAGUUUGUAUCUCUGUCACAUGUGGCCACCCUGGUAGCCCUAUCUAUGGCCGCACCACAGGCGAUGGCUUCAACUACAACGAUGUGGUGCGCUUCUCCUGUAACAAAGGCUAUACACUGGAAGGACCCUCCACAGCCCAGUGCCAGGCCAGCCGCCAGUGGAGCCAGCAGCCACCAACAUGCAGAGUGGUAAACUGCACGGAUCCAGGUAUCCCUGCCAACUCUAUCCGGGAGAGUAAGAUUGAGCACGGUAACUUCACGUUUGGUAGUGUGGUCUUUUACGACUGUAACCCAGGAUAUUACCUGUUUGGAUCAUCAGUGCUCACCUGCCAGCCAGUGGGCCACUGGGACAGACCUCUACCAGAAUGCAUUGAAGUGGACUGCGGCCACCCAGGUACACCACCCCACGGAGUGAUGAGUGGGGAGAAGUUCACCUUCGGCUCCACGGUGCGCUACUCCUGCUCCGGAGACCGCCAGCUCAUAGGAGACUCAUCACUCACCUGUCAGCUGAACGGACACUGGAGCAGUCCACUGCCCCAUUGCUCUGGUGACUCGGCCGACACUUGUGGGGAUCCCGGCACACCUGCCCAUGCCAGCAGGGAGGCAGGGAACUUCAAAGUGCGGAGCAAGGUGCGCUUCACCUGCGCAGUGGGACACACGCUGUACGGCUCGGCAGAGAGGAUCUGCUUCCCCAACGGGACUUGGUCUGGCAGACAGCCGUUCUGCAAGCCGGUGCAGUGUAGUAAUCCAGCCACACCUGCUCACGGCCGUAUUUCCCGAGUGGAUGGCACAACUUUCUCCCACUCCAUCGUGUAUUCUUGUAUGGAUGGAUAUUUCCUCACUGGAUCACCCACACGUCAGUGUCUGGCAAAUGGCACAUGGUCUGGCAUGGCUCCAAACUGUACAAUGAUCACCUGUGGUGACCCUGGUAUUCCAGCGAAUGGCCUUAGAUUUGGCGAUGACAUCACAGUGGGCCAGAAUGUGACGUUCAUGUGCCAGCCAGGAUAUGUGAUGAUAGGAGGCGACAACAAUGUCUCAAGGACCUGCACCAACAAUGGCACCUGGAGUGGCACCAUGCGAGCAUGCCAAGUGGUGACUUGUCCUACACCCCCACCCAUCCCCAACGGCCUCCUGGAGGGCUCAGUCUUGGAGUGGGGUACCAGUGUGAGCUACAGCUGCCUGCCUGGCUAUGAGCUGUCCUUCCCUGCUGUGCUCACCUGCACAGGAAAUGGAAGCUGGAGCGGAGACCUGCCUCAGUGCUUGCCCAAGUUCUGCGGAGACCCUGGUAUGCCUGCCAAAGGAAGGAGGGAAGGGCGCAGUUUCAUCUUCAAGUCUGAGGUGAUGUUUAGCUGCAGUGCCCCCUACGUGUUGGUUGGGUCAACAUCGCGCAUGUGCCAGGAGGAUGGCACCUGGAGCGGGUCUCAGCCUCGAUGUAUAGAGCCUACAAGAACCACUUGUGAAAAUCCAGGGACACCUGAGCAUGGCUAUAUGAACUACUCGACCGGCUUCAAGGUGGGCAGCAGACUCGACUUCCAGUGCCAACAGGGACACCUACUGCAGGGCUCUACCACCCGGCUCUGUUUGCCAGAUCUCACCUGGACCGGCAUCCAGCCCACCUGCAUCCCUCACUCCUGCAAGCAGCCGCGGAGCCCGGCCAAUGCUGACGUCGUGGGUCUGGACCUGCCCUCCUACGGUUACACCCUGGUGUACAGCUGUCAGCCAGGUUAUUUCCUUUCCGGGGGUUCAGAGCACCGCGUCUGCCGCUCUGACAGCAGCUGGACUGGCAAGGUGCCUGUCUGCAGAGCCGGUUCCAAAUCACAUGAGAAAACUGUCAAACCCUUUCCAGGGACACCGAGCCCAAAAAUAAAUGUUCCUGACGACGUGUUUGCCCCUGAUUUCGUCUGGAAGGGUUCCUAUGAUUACAAAGGCCAGAAACAGCCGAUGACUUUGACAGUCACAAGCUUUAAUGCCUCCACUGGAAAAGUCAAUGUAACUUUAACCGACAGUAGCAUGGAGUUUCUACUCUCUGGAGUGUACAAGCGCCAGGAGGCACGGUUAAUGCUUUUGCUGUACCAGAUGAGAGCAGUGGCUCACAGCUCUUUGAGCAGGAUUACUGAUGAGACCUGGGCAAUGGAUGGAUUUGUUUCAGCCGAGCCUGAGGGUGGCAGCUAUGUGUUCCAAGGCUUCAUACAGGGUAAAGACUACGGACAGUUUGGACUUCAGAGAGUUGCACAAAGUGGAUUAUUCCCUUCCACAUCAUCGUCCUUUACGACUUUGUGCUCAACAUUCCUGUUGUCAUCGUCUCAUGAUUGUCUUCAACAAGAUUAUCACAGUAACAGUGAUCAUUAUCACUAUGAUCAUUAUGGUUGUCGUCUUUAUCAACGGGCUGCUGCGUCUCCGACUUGUCAUUGUGAUCAUCUUCCUCUUCAUUAUCAUCAUCACCAUCGUCACCAGCAGAUGAUGCGUCUAAGUGUGAGGGAGAAUAUUACACUCAUUGACCCCGAAACCAAUGGCUCUACCAACAGCAGUUCUGUCGCUGUAGCUAUCCUCGUGCCUUUCUUUGCCCUCAUCUUUGCAGGCCUCGGAUUUUAUCUCUACAAACAGCGGAAAACAGAUAAAGCGCAGUACACAGGAUGUUCUGUCCACGAGAACAACAAUGGACAGGCCACUUUUGAGAAUCCCAUGUACAACACAAACACUAAAGCUGCUGAGGGGAAAGUCGUCCGCUUUGACCCCAAUCUCAACACCAUCUGCACCAUGGUUUGAUGUCUACUGAGUGAAAGAGAAACAAAUGGAGGGAGAAUACAACUUCUCCUUUUUUGCUCUACAUAAAUAUAUAUACAGACAUUUAUAUUUUUCCUGUUUCUGAUGACAUUCAACAAAGAAAAAGAGUUGAUCAGAAACAUAAAGCACAUUUUCAGCAACACUUAUGGCAGUUGCAGUUGAUCGUAUACAGAAUCUCAAAGAUUAAUGUGAAAGGAAGGGGGGGUCGCACACCUUUCCAGAUCUUCCCGUAGCUCGGUGAAGUGAAGCGUUCUUUACACUCUGUGAGUGUUGGCUUUAUGAAUAAAAGAGCCUCUGGCAUAUAGACAAAAUUGAGUAUUUUAUGCUCUUUAGUAUAAAUAUAGAGGGGUUACUUCACAAUGCCAAAUGAAAAAUUCAACUUUUUUUUUUCUAAAAUAAUAACAGCCCAGAUAAAGACCCUGUUGUGGUUUGUUUUUGUCUUUGUCUCAUGUUCCCCUGAUGAGUUAUUUUCUCUUAUGGAAGAGAGGAGCCUCUCAACUGUGAGGUGAUCAAUGUAAUCUUUAGAGUCUAUUUUCUAAGCUGUGGGGUGUGAGAGAGGGGAUUAGGAAGUGGACAAGAAACUGCCUCUCUUUAAAUAGUGUCGGUGCUGUAGUGUGUUCAGCGUUAUAUGGCCAAUUUUACCUCUUAAUUGGAUGGUACCUCCUACUGACGAGAUAUAUGGCCAGGGAUUUAAUUACUGAAGUGCAGUACCAUUUUUCUAGAGUGCCGCUGGGAAUGCUAGGGCUUUUAUUGUUACAGUGCAGGUUUUCUGACAACAAUAGAGUACAUUUUCUUCACAAGAAAUAUAGUCAACAUUAAGGUUUAUUAUCAAGUUGAGUGCAGUGAAUUUGUUUAUGACAGAGUUGUUCUUUAAGGAUGAGAGUUUAAAUUGGGUCUAUCCUAGGCACACUGUACCUUUCAGUAUAUUCAUCAUGUGGGGCUGUACUCAUGUCAUCCGUGUAUUUUAUCUGUUCUUAAGUUAUUGAAACUGUUCUGAAAACUGAUUUCUCUUGAGGUAAUUUUUCUUUUUGUGAUUUUCUAGCUUUUUGUCCCAAAUAAACCAAAAUCAGAGUGAAUUAACCCCAGCCUUGAGCCUGUGUGUACCAAGAAUCUCAAAGUAGGAGUUGCUUAAAUGUUUCAGGGGUUGUUGAACGAUAGAGUUGAGAAUAGAGUGCACAGUACCUACAGCUGGCCAGGUUUCCCAGAAGUUUAUUUAAGCCUGGAAGUCAGUAAAUCAAAGUGCAAAGAUAUGUCGGUGGGCAGUCUGUGGUCGGUUGAAGCUUGUUGUCCUGCUCAAUUUUAGUAUAAAUCUUGACAUGCGUCUGCCUCACUUAAGGGUAAUUCCAUGACGGAACAAGUGUAACCUCCACGUCCGUCCUGGUUUUUCACAAACUGAGCAGUGUUGGUCGUUCUUUAAUUCUUUUGGGAAACCGUGCCUUAGUCAGUAAAUAACCUGAUCCACACUCCUACUUGGAGAAACUUGAUGAACGCACAGCCUUGGCCUAUUUUAUUGACGCCCACUGAUACAAAUGGUCAUUUCAUUGUCUCACUGAACCAUCAGCUUCUGCCAACAAAUGUACAGUAUACAUGAAAAGAUUUGCACACUUAAACAUGAGCCACCAUCAGUGUUCAACUACCAUCCAUCCAUUUUUUAAAAGAAAAAAAUGAAUCUGACACUGUCAUCACAUUUCUACAUCAUUGCAGUGCCUUGAAUACUGUAUGGGCAUAUGUUUUUAAGGAAGACAUGACAUUUAUUGCAUUAGUAAAACUGUACAUCAGUGUAAUUUAUCUGCACAGUUAACAAUGAUUCAGCUGAUUGAUGUCAGCUCUGACAGUUUAUCUAAAAAGAGGUGUUUAAAAAGCAGCUCAUAGUUUCAUAUCUGUGCAUGUUGGCAAAAAGUGAUCCAGUAUAGCAAUUGCUGCUAUAGUACUUUGUACCACUAUGUUUAUUCCUGUCAUUGCUGUUACAUUUUGUACAUUUAUACAGUUUUGAUACUUGAUGGCAUUCUUUGGCAAGAUGUCUUGUGUUAUCGAUAUGUAAUAUAUUUUGCGAGUUCAUAUUUCUUAUGGAUGAGAAAAAGAAAUGCACCUGGCAAAAACAGUAUACGGCAAGUCGGUCUCACAUCAGACUAGAGUAGAAUGCUUUUAAAUGUACCACACAAUUGUUAUCCCAUUCAACAAUCUCUGUAUAUGAAUAUGUAAAUAUUACAAAACUUUUGUAAAGAGAUAUAUUUUUUAUGCAAAUAAAGCAUUUGUAAGUUAUUGAAUAUGUUGUGUAAAAUUUCACAUGUAAAUGUCAUGUAAGAUCAAAAAUGUUUUGUAUUUUUUCUUUAUCAGCAAUGUAUAAAUCCUUAAUUUAUAUAUAAAAUAUGAA